AUGAUUCAUAGGUUUUUUCAUAUUUAUCAUAAAUCUAAUUAUUUCAGAGGAAAUAUAAGAAAUAUUUGUAGAAAUAAGCAAAUAAAAGAUGAGAUAGGAUCAGAUAAUACGUUACUAUUUGCUUUAAAUUGUAGAAAUUAUCCUAUAAAGAUAUGCAACUUUGACGGAGAACUAAAGACAAGUGUAUAUAUGAAGAACCAAUACGAAGAAAUUGACGAAAUCUAUUCUCUAGAAUUCCUUUAUUCAACAAAUUUGUCCAUAAUAUUAGGAGGAGGAAAGAAUUGCAUACAUAUAUAUGAUUAUAAUUGCCAGGAAAGCCUAGAAUGUAUUAAAUUAAACUCGAGAGAAUGUAUUAUGGAAAAUUCUAAACGCCAAAAAGGCAUUAUAUCUAGUUUAUCUCUCAAAACAACCGGCAUAGGGUCCUUCUCUGUAUUUGUAUCAGGAUCUUUUUCUAAUACCAUCUUUCUACAUGACUUAAAUGAUUUAAAUAGUCAGAUCCAAUUAAAUGAUAUUAAUUUAAACUUUAAUGCAGUAACUGAGCUUUAUUGGUUGGAUGGUUACUAUAAUUCAAAGUUUCUAGAUUAUCAUUUAAUAUCUGGUCAUAGAAAUAGUAACUAUCUGUAUAUUUGGGACGUUAGAAGGCCUAAUAAGGUACUUUUUCAAUUAGAUAGAGAAAAUUCUGGUUCAAAUCAAAGAUUCAACAUAAACUUUCAAUAUUAUAAAGACGAGCUGAAAUUAUAUUAUGGUGAUUUAAAGGGAAACCUUAAUAUACAAAAGCUAAAAUUUAAUUAUGAAGAUAAUAAAUUUCUUCAGGAUUUGAGUGAAUGUCAAAAAAUCAAAUUAGAAGGCCAAUCAAUUCCUUUUGUUGAGAGGUUUUACAACCAAAAGUUGUUACUUACAUUAUCUGGUGAAAGAUUUACAAGUUUUGGAGAAAACCAAGGAUGCAGCUUCAAAGUUUGGAAAACUAGUUAA